AUGGACACUUCAUACCUUUCCCAGCAGGUCACCACCAUCAUCGAGCGACUACAUGGCUUCUUCGACGAGAUUGGCGUGCCCAGCCAUGAGCGCGACUCGAGAGAGUCUGAGCUCUUCUCGGCACUCUCUGAGACACUACACAACCAGCUCAACUCUGUCGCAAAGGAGAAACAUGAUCUUACAGAAGAGGCUAAGCGCCUCAUCAAGACCAUCCGCCAGAUGGAGCGAUCACUAGACGACACGAGGCCGAAGGACGACUACGAAUCCGAGCAGGACGGCCUCAAAAUCACACUUCCUCUUCUCAACUGCAUCGAGCGCCUGAAGCAGAAACACCACACGAUCGCCAAGCUGCAUCGCGAACGCUUCGAACAGGUCAAGAAGCUGGUCGAGGCCCUCGAAUCAUACGCAUCGCAUCUCGAACCAUCCUUUAUCAACAUCAAGCUCCCACCAAAGAAUGGCGAUGUCGCGCCCAACUUCGACAUGUCCGCUACUUAUGUUGCAAAACUGGACAACGAGUUUACGAGAGUGUACAACGAAUACAACCAACGAGUCGCGACAGUCGCACAGACAGCUGAGAGCAUAGUCAACCUCUGGUCGGAGCUUGGGACACCACAAGCGCAGGUCGAUAGCCAGAUUGUGCAGCAUUGGCGAGAGUCACCGGAGCAGCUGGGUCUGCAUCAAGAUGACCUCAAGCGUCUGUCUGCACGGCGCGAGAAGCUCGUAGCAGAGAAGCAGCAGCGCGAGAGGAAGCUUAAGGAGCUGAAGGCGACCGUCGAAGGGCUCUGGGACCGACUAGGCGUGGAUGACAGCGAGCGAAAGCAAUUCCUGGCUAACAACCGUGGUUGCGGACUCCGCCAGAUCAACGAAUUCGAGGACGAGCUGGCACGUCUCAACGAGCUCAAGAGACAGAAUCUGCACAUCUUCGUGGAGGACGCUCGGGUGAAGCUGCAACAGCUAUGGGAUACAUUAUACUUCUCCGAGGAGGAAAUGCUGGACUUCGCGCCUGCUUUCUCGGAUGUCUACUCGGACGCGUUGCUGUCUGCGCACGAACAAGAAAUCGCCCGCCUGGAAGCCCUGAAGGAACAGCGCAUGCCGAUCCUUGCUGCUGUUGAGCGCCACCGCAGUCUCAUUCAGGACCGAGAAGAUCUGGAGAAGAGCAGCCAGGAUGCCUCUAGACUCAUGUCGAAGGGCACGAUCAAGGGUGAGAAGCGGGACCCGGGUAAGCUCCUUCGCGAGGAGAAGAUGCGCAAGCGGAUCACGAAAGAGCUGCCCAAGGUGGAAGCCGAUCUCCGACGGACUCUGGAGUCGUGGGAAGACGAAUAUGGUCGACCUUUCUGCGUGCAUGGCCAGCGAUACCUGGACGAGCUCGAUGCUGCCGAGCCGAAAGCUCCGCCACCACGAAGCAAGACACCGAAUGCGUUGUCUGGCACGAGAGAUGCUCCGAAGAGCGCUGGCAGAGACAAAGCAGCUCUGUCGCACAGUAGGAGUGCUGGCACGAUGCGAGGAGCACCACCGCCACGAAGCAAGACACCCACGGCAAAUCUUGGUCGCAGUGUGAUGGGUUCUUCCACAAUGGGGGCAUCAAUGCUUGGUGCUUCCAUGAUGGGAUCUUCGAAGAUGAGUCCGUCGAAGAUACCCGGCGCGUCGGCCUCGCGAUUGCCUAUGAGUGCACUUCGCGAUGGCAACAACUCGCCCGAGCGCAGAUUGCAGGGCAGGACCGCACCGAGCGAGCAACAGUCAGAGCCCAACCUCAGAGGCACAAUUCGAGGACAUCCAGGAAAUAUGGGACCACCACGGGCACCGCCACCAAAGAUGCAGGACCUUUUCAUACCACCCACGCCCACGCCGGUCAACAAUAACAAGGAGAAUGGGCUUGAUCUUGAGCGCAGCAACAGCGUUAUCCGACACAUGCAGCCAGACGACCCGUACGAUGAUGGUAGUAGGUACCGCCGGAACGACCAGUAUUCGAGCAUGCACUCCGCGUCCAGCCACGCCUCUUCGAACCGAUCUGGCCACUCUUUCGCUUCUUCUCAAGCCUCGCGGCCCAUGAGCCGAACCGACUACCCCAUGGCACCUGCAUUCUCUCGAGCAACUUCGAACACCUCCUCGAUCAUGUCUGGUUCGCAAGUCAGCGGGAGCGAGAACUGGGAAACUUACACUGACAAUUCUGAUGCCGACGAAGACGAUGCUACCGACGCAUACUACGCCAAGGUCAAGGCAUCGCAACAACGUAUGGCAGCCCAACACAAGCGACCGGGCACAGCUUCAGGUCUCGUCGGAGCCGUGAAGAAAGUCCGCGAGCAAGCGAUUGUGGAAGAAAGCAACUGGGUCGAAGGCAGUGAAGCCGGCUGGACAGACGAUGGCGAGGUCGGCGAGACGUAUUAG